CUAGUGAUACACAUCUCACCGUUAAUGGCUGAUAUCUAGCUGUCAACAGUCCAGGGGUACCUGAGACCGGCGCUCUUCUACGCGGAAUUACAAUCUGCGUUUUCAUAGGUUCACUCCUAUAGGCAACUUAGAAUCGAGUGUUAUGGAUGAGCCAUGAAGGCCCAACUGCAAGUCACAGUGCUUUCAGCUAAGCUAAGGGAAAACAAAAAGAACUGGUUUGGUCCCAGUCCAUACGUCGAGGUAGCUGUGGACGGCGAGUCAAAGAGAACAGAGAAAUGCAGCAACACCCACAGUCCCAAAUGGAAGCAGGCCCUCACUGUAAUUGUGACGCCAGUCAGCAAACUCAUCUUUCGUGUUUGGAGUCAUCAGACGCUGAAGGCGGAUAUUCUGUUGGGCAUGGCCACCCUGAGCAUCAGCGCAGCCCUCAAAGCCAAUGACCUUAAAUUGUGUGAGGUGGUGCAGACGCUGCAGCUGUCCUCUGACAGAGACCCCCACGAUAUUGUCGGGGACCUCUCAGUGUGUCUGGACGGCCUGCAGGUCGACCCGGAAGCUUUUGCCCUGGCAGAGAGGGAGCAAGCACCUCUUACAAAUGGAAAUGCAAAACAAAACGGCAAUACAAGCAACAGAUCAAGCAGGGACACGUCUCCAUCCAGUGGCUCAGACGACUGGGUAAUUGUACCCAAUGGUCUUACUGUCAGCGGUAGAGGUUCUCCUUCUCCGUCUGCAGGGGGCUCCACCUCUGCACGUCCUCCUCGGCCUGCCAGACCUCCCCCUCCUACGCCACAAAAACCUGGUGCCUCACCAAGCUCUUCCAGUAGUUCUUCGCCCAGUGAGCUGAGUGAAGCACCAGCCUCUGAUGGCUCCUCUCAGGCGUCUGCAAGCGGGGGUUCAGACCAGCCCGACGAGGCGGGAGCACGAGCAGCAGCGGCCGUUUCCUCACAGACGGCAAGUGGUGGUCCCAAACCGCCCGGCGCUGUAACAGCCCCUCCAGCCGUAACACCUCCCAGAAUCAACCCCCUCAACAACGUCCCCCUGCCGCCAGGGUGGGAGCAAAGAGUGGACCAGAAUGGACGAGUGUAUUAUGUGGACCACAUUGAGAAAAGGACAACUUGGGAGAGGCCUGAGCCUCUGCCUACAGGCUGGGAGCGAAGGGUCGACCCGAUGGGUAGAGUAUACUAUGUUGACCACAUAACACGAACCACAACUUGGCAACGGCCCACUCAGGAGUCGGUGCGUAACUAUGAGGAGUGGCAGAACCAGCGCAGCCAGCUCCAGGGAGCAAUGCACCAGUUUAACCAAAGGUUCAUUUACGGGCUACAAGACCAGUUUGCAGCCGCAUCUACGAAAGAGUUUGACCCCCUGGGACCUCUGCCACAUGGCUGGGAGAAGAGAACAGACACAAAUGGCAGAGUGUAUUUUGUUCAUCAUCCAACUCGGACGACACAGUGGGAGGACCCAAGGACACAGGGACUUCUGAAUGACAAACCUCUGCCUGAAGGCUGGGAGAUGAGGUUCACUGUGGACGGUAUUCCCUACUUUGUGGACCACAACCGGAGAACAACUACCUACAUUGACCCCCGGACGGGCAAAUCUUCCCUCGAGAAUGGCCCACAGAUCACUUACGUUAGGGACUUCAAAGCCAAAGUGCAAUACUUCAGGUUUUGGUGUCAGCAAUUAUCGAUGCCUCAGCAUAUCAAGAUUACCGUCUCCAGGAAAAGCUUGUUUGAGGAUUCAUUUCAGCAGAUCAUGAGCUUUCACCCACAAGACCUGAGGCGGAGACUGUGGAUUAUCUUCCCUGGAGAGGAAGGCUUGGACUACGGAGGCGUGGCCAGGGAAUGGUUCUUCCUGCUCUCCCAUGAAGUGCUAAAUCCCAUGUACUGUUUGUUUGAGUACGCCGGAAAGGACAACUACUGUCUUCAGAUCAACCCGGCUUCUUCCAUCAAUCCGGAUCAUCUCAAAUACUUCAAGUUCAUAGGGCGCUUCAUUGCUAUGGCCUUGUUCCAUGGAAAGUUCAUUGACACGGGAUUCUCGCUGCCUUUCUACAAGCGGAUUUUGAACAAACCCCUGGCUCUUAAAGACUUGGAGUCCAUAGAUCCAGAAUUUUAUAAUUCACUCAUUUGGAUCAAGGACAAUAAUAUAGAGGAAUGUGGUCUGGAGAUGUUCUUCUCCGUUGACAAGGAGAUCCUGGGAGAGGUCAGUACUCAUGAGCUGAAACCAGAUGGAGGAAACAUUCAAGUAACUGAGGAAAACAAGGAGGAGUACAUCAGGUUAGUGGCAGAGUGGAGGCUGUCCAGAGGUGUGGAGGAGCAGACCCAGGCCUUCUUUGAGGGCUUCAAUGAAGUUCUUCCUCAGCAGUACCUUCAGUACUUUGAUGCAAAGGAGUUGGAGGUAAUGCUUUGUGGGAUGCAGGAGAUUGAUCUGGUGGACUGGCAGAGAAACACGAUUUACAGACAUUAUGCCCGGAGCAGCAAGCAGAUACUGUGGUUCUGGCAGUUUGUGAAGGAGAUGGACAACGAAAAGCGAAUGAGGCUCCUGCAGUUUGUCACCGGCACCUGCCGUCUUCCCGUGGGAGGCUUUGCCGAUUUGAUGGGAAGCAAUGGUCCACAGAAGUUUUGCAUUGAGAAAGUGGGGAAAGAAAACUGGCUUCCACGAAGCCACACAUGCUUCAAUCGUCUAGACCUUCCUCCUUAUAAGAGCUACGAGCAGCUGAAGGAGAAACUCAUGUUCGCCAUUGAGGAGACAGAAGGAUUUGGGCAGGAAUAAUCCAGCAGGACUUCCUGGUUUUCAUAACAGCAAUCCGCGGAUGGGACAGUAGACGGCUGACAUUGAAUGAGCCGGGUCCAUUUUCUUUUUUCUUUCUUUUUUUUUAGAAAGGAGCACUUUCAGUAGUUUCUCUCUGCAGCCCAGAAAUGCUUUCACUCUGGUAGAUUCUGUCGCAAUAGCACAUUCACUAAAUACUAGAAAGAUGUUUCAUCACAGGCUCAUUAUUUAACAAGGGAGCUGUGAAUCAGCUCCACCUUAACGAGCUGUUCCUCCCUGAUCCACCUAAUCUCACUUUUGCUGCACAAAGCCCACAUUAAGGCGGUGGAGAGAGAGAGAGAAAAAAGAAAAAGAAAAAGAGAGACUCCUUUCUCACUCUGGCAUGCCUGCACCUGCUGUGCGCAGAGUAAGCGCAGUUUCUACACACGGAGCACCGAUUCUGCGCAGUAGUCGUUCCUUUUAGAACCACUUUGUUGGGGCCUAUGCAUCACCAUAAUGUCUGAGGAAAGAAACUCGUCUGUGCAUUUUGAUUGAAAAUACGAAGACUGAUAUGUAAAAAGAUGGAAGCACAGCCCCCUUGUGAUCUGAGGUCAUUGGGAUUUAGUUUUCCUUCUUUUGACGUGGGGGAGGGGGUCAACGGAUAUUUUUCUAAUAGGUGACUGACAUGAAUCCUGUAGCACGUAUACAGUUUUUUUUGUUUUCAUUAACUUUGCUAAAUGUGAUGACUUUAAUUGCAAUAAUCCUUUCUCUUGUUUUGACAGGUUGCUUUCUUAACUUCUGAGUUAAAAUGUUCAACUAGUUUGCACAUGGGUUUUUGUGAGCGGAGAGAUUAUGAUCGCUAUUAGAAGAAGCUAUUUUUAAGUGCAAUAGUUUUGUAGAAAACAUCAUUUUGCCAAUGCUAGAAACAAACAAGGCUUUGAUUAUUUUUUUUGUUUUUUUUUCUCUAAGACUUAGCUUUAGUUUGAGUUAGUCCCAAGUACAAGGCUUAGAACGGCUGCUCACUCUGGAUUCUGUACGAUUGCUGUGGUUUUCCUACUGUUGUAUCUGCAUUUUCGACUCUUAAUGUUUACCUAAUUUCUCAGUCAGGUAGAAGGAAACUGUGAAGGUUGUGAUAACAAAGUUGUUACUGAUGACCUUUUCCCACUGGAUGAAAGUCGAUUCUCAGCUUGUUACCAGGAGCCCAAAUCUCUUGGCUGAAGCCAAGGUGUCUGUUUGGUUCUGCCGAGCAUGGCAGAUGGACUGAAUGCAAGAAAAGUUUAGGUGUAAAAUCCAAAAAAGUUUCAUCUAUGAAGUGACUGUUGCAGUUUAUGUACAGUUGAAAACAGAUGUUGAAAUGCAUUUUACAAAAGGGUAUGCCCCCACCCCCCCCCCUUCCCCCCCUCAUCGUCUG